GGGGGGAGCCAGGCGGCGGCGGGGGCGGGCGUGCCGCAGCCCGGGCGCUCCCGCCUUGCCGAGCCGGCCGGCAGCCGCUGCAGCUCUGCGCGGCGCGGAGGCGCCGCCGCCCGCUCGGCGCGGCUCCCCCGGGCCUCCCGCGGCCGGGCGCCUUUGCGGCCCGCCUGAAUUUCCUCCUUCCCCGGCGGGGAGGGUCACCCGGCGGCGCCCUGCUCCCCGCCUGCCGCCUCCUCCUCCUCCUCCUCCUCCUCCUCCUCCCGCGCCGCACCCCGCGAGGAAGGGCUUGUUUUCCUGCCCGGAUGAUGAAUUUCUCCGCAAGGUCAUCCCUGCCCGCGGCGGCGGCGGCGCGGCCGCGGCUCCCCGGGCGCUGCCGCGGAGAUUAGCAGGAAAGCUGUUGCUGACAGUCCGCCCCCAGUACGAAAACUGCCCUGCAAGACGCUCAUAGAAGCUGACGGCAAGCCACAGCUCCAAGAUAUUCCAUGGGGACUGUACCAGAUCCUCUGAGAUCUGCCAAACUUUCCCUGGUCACAGUUUCUGAGGAGAAGGAUCACCUGGGAGACCUGCAAUCUACUAAGCACCAGCCCAAACAACCAAGUCAAGGAACAACCAGCAAUGGCUUUUCAUGCACAGUGUCUGGUUCUGCUGGAGUUUGCUCAUUUGACCUAAAAUGCACCACAGCUGCCGACGUUCAGACGUGUGAGAAACGCCACGGGGAUGAUGCUAGCUGGCAGGAGGCAUUUUCUCCUGGGCUCUUCGGCAAAGCUUCAGAGGGGCAUCCUGCAGGCGUAGAGUCUGCUAGUAACUCGCAGCCAAAAGCCGGUAAGGAACUGGCAGUGCAAGCCCUGACUGCAGAAGGAGCCCGUUCAGCAGGGCACGGGCCAGAUAUGAUGCCAGCGCCCCAGAACUCCCGCCAGUUUGUGCAAAGCAGCCAAGCCAAAUCAAGCUCCCUGGCACAAAUGGAUGACUCUGCACUGAAACCUCAGGGGACUGAUGAUCAGCCAGCACUUGAGGUGUUACACUAUUCUUCCCCAGGCAACCCUAUCAGGGGUGGUGAGUCCUUUCAUACUUCUCAGGCAAACAUUCUGCAAAGAGGGGAAAAAGAAAAGGGAGCAGAAGAACCUGAUCCUGCUGUGUGUCAGUCAGCCUCUCCAGCUGGGGACACUGAAGGAGAUCUGAGGAGAGGUCCACAGGUUGGUUUGGAGGCAGAAAGCAGAGCUGCAGACACUGUGCAAUCAUGCCCCACUGAUCCAAGUGCAGUAGUUCAGAGCAGCAAGUCACCAGCCCAGCUCAGGCGUGAGAGCACGCAGCCAGUAUGCAACGCAGACAUGGAGACGGUGAGUUCAGGCCUGACCCAGCUGUCCAAGUUCAGAGAAACGGGUACAAUGACAGUUCAGACUGAGAGCAGGUCUUUAACUCAGGAAGCAGCAAACAGGACAUGGCGAGAUGCUGAGGUUCAGGCUGUGGCCAGUGUGGAGAGCAAAUCAGCUUCCACCAGCCCCAGUAUCCUUUCUGCCUUCUUAAAAGGGAAUCCUCCUUUGGAGGAAAAGGAGGAACUGCACAUCAUUUAUCAAGGCAGUGGGGGGCUGAGCCAGUCUGAACUUACUGACAGUUUGACCUCACACCCAAAGUCCCCAUGUUCUUCUGAUACCAUGUCAAAAUCGACUGUUCUUACAGCUGUGACCAAUACAGCCCAAACCCAGGCUGUCAAAUUGCAAAAAUAUUCUGGAGAUCAAUCUAGCGUGGUCUUUCCAGCAUCAGCAGAAAAUGCAACUCCUGCUCUGCCCUGCCCUCCUGCAGCCAUUACCUCCCAAGGGACAUCUGUGGAUAGUGCCCAAAUGGUCUGUGCGGCCAGAGACAGCCAAGAUGCUACUCUGGUGCCCUUGGACGCUCCAGUCCUGCCAAAGGCAAUGCCUGUCGACCAGCUCGCAGUUAAUACUGGUAAUCAAAGUCCAUCACAGUCUGGUUGUGGUGAACCAAACACUAUUUCAGCUGCGGUUGUCCCAGAAAUCAAGAGCAAUGUGCAGCAUCUUGUCCAGGAUGCAGGAAGCAGCCAGUUACCUUCACCCUGUAAUACAUGUAGUGAAAUCAAGCAGAAAGAGGUCCUGGGCAGCUCUGAGCAAAAACUUGCGCAGGGUAAGGGGGUGAAUGAAGUGGAGGCAAUUCCCGUUCAAUCUGGGGUCAAACCAAAGGAAGAAAACUUGACGAUGCUUGAUCCUAAAGGAGCAAUGAAUGUUAGCAGUGAACCUGCCGCCGUCAGCAUAAAGGCAAGUUCAGAGGAUACCGGUGGAAAGGGGCAUGGCAGAGACCAAGGAGAGAGCAGCCAGGCUCUGAAGACCAGUGGUCGGAGUCUGCAGGCAGGAUUGAUACCUGCAAGUUCUGCUCACAUCACCCCUCUCUUGGAGGCCUCAGCAGCUCCCCAGCAGCAAGGCCUUCAGGCCAAGGAGUCCAGACAUGAGCUUGAUACAGCGGCUCUUCCUGCUUCAGCUCAGGCUUUGCCAAAUCUUGGGGAAAACAAAAAGCAGCCAACCCCAGCCAUGGAGGCAAAAGUGCAGGUGAAGCAGUCCAAGCACGUCAGGGACGUUGUGUGGGAUGAGCAAGGCAUGACGUGGGAGGUUUAUGGUGCUUCCCUCGAUCCAGAAUCCUUGGGAAUUGCUAUCCAAAACCACUUACAGAGACAAAUACGUGAACAUGAGAAACUGAUCCGGGCUCAAAACACUCAGAACCGGAAAUCCAUUUCCUCGGAUACAUCCUCAAAUAAAAAACUGAAAGGGAGGCAGCAUAACCUAUUCCAGUCCAUGCUGCAGAAUUUUAGGCGUCCUAAUUGCUGCGUCCGACCUGCUCCUUCCUCUGUGUUAGACUGAAAUGGUUUGCAGGGGUGGAUAGAUGUCUGCAGUGGUAUAGAGACCCCCCCCCGUCCCCUCGAGUCUUAAGUCCUGCUGUUCAGUUGUGUUAUUGGAAUUGUGAUGCAGCAACAGUGGAGAUUAUUGCCCUUUGUUUCCCGAGCAGUCCCUCCAUCAUGCCUUUGUUAUUGCCACAGCUGGUGUGUUUCCACAGUAUGCCCCCACCCGUCUACUGCCAGAGGAAAAGCUAGGCACUUAGCAAAAGCACAAUUUUGAAUUGCCGCAGGGAGAGCAGGACAUUCAGAUAAGGCAUGAAGCAGAGAGAAGAUGAUCAGAAUUAUUGUCAAAAGUGAUUUUUAUGCAUCGCAAGGUCUUAUACAAGGGGAUAGGCUGGGGGAGGCUGGAUGAGGUGAAACUAAGGUUAAACAGCUGUAAACAGCUAAUGCUCUCCAACAAUAACAGAAGACAACUUCCCUUACGUUCAAGUUACCCACACUGAGGCAAGUUUAUGAAAAGGCUGAGGACAUUGAUCGCUGAUCAGCCUCGCUACUGUUGACACUGUGGGGUGCAGUUUUCAUGGCAGCCUGAGAGAGUCGGGUCUUCCCCUCCCAUUGAAGUGUAGAACCAAGGAAGGAGUGAAGAACAAGGUUGAAGGAUUGUCGCUUGGGAGAAGAAGUAAGUUAAGCAAAUGGGAUUUUGAUGGCUAGAACAAGAGGUGAGAGAGAGAGAGGUAAAUUCUGUGGGCUUUUUCUCCCCUGAGUCAGCCACAGUUAAGAUGUGUGGAAUGUGUGAGUAGGCAGUAUGGACAGGUAAGGUAAAACAUAAGAGAGCACUUAACUAGGUUUCCCCGUGUCUGUCAGCACGGUGCUGCCACUCGCGCUGCGGUACUCUAGCCAAGUCUUUCGAAAGCAGCGAGUAGUUCUGGGUUCUGCGCCUGAGUCUGGGUUCUCCAGUGCUCUGAUUCUCUGACAGCGCUGAACACCUCUCUUCUGUAAAUCACUUUUUUAAAAGACGGAUCUUUUUCUUUCUUUAGAGGUGCGUGCUGAUGUUUUGAAGUAGAAGUAGGCUGUGCUGUGCAUCUGGGUCCAUUAGCCUACAUGUCUAGUGUGUACACUGCUCAGAUUUUUUUUCCUUUAAGUCCUUGUCCAAACCUGUUUUUUUUUUGUAAUAGUAGUAGAAGUAUUUUGAUGCUUUUCUUGCUGCCUUUCAUAAACUUAAUACCAUUUAAUUAGCCUGUGCAUAUUUUGUUUUACCUAAUUCUAUCUAUAUUAUAAAGCAUUAUAUUGUUAACUUGAAACAUUUAUUUUACAGAAAUACUGAAGUCUUGAGACAAUCUUUACUGUAUUUCUAAUGUUAGAGAAGUUACAGAAUCUGCUAAUAAAAGGUAGCUUAGUGACUGUUUCUCCAGAAGUGUGAUGUACAACGUCUCAAACGUGUUUGUCACGUUUCUCAGAUUAAUAAUAUUUUCCAAGCUGGGGAAUGUGUUUCCCACUAUUUUUUUUUCAUCCUGUAUGCUAGGGUCCAUGGGAGGUUGGGGAACUCCUGCAGUUUGUAGAAAAUUCAGUUUUCAAUCUUGCAAGGCAUUGAGGAUUUAGAUGUUGCAGUCCUGCAGGGGACUAGAGUUAAAUAGGAAUUAUUUUUAUUCCAUUAAAGAUUUUUCAUGAAUCAUGAUGAUGAUUUAUUUCUGUUUGUAGUACCACACACCUGACUUACUGUGUAGAUUAUCUUACAGGUUUACACAGUGUAAAUGAAUUUUAUUAUCUUUUUUUUCUUUUUCUGAGAAGCAGCCCUGAGGUGAUACCUUUUUAUUCAGGGGACCAAAAUUUGUGAGUAUAUCAACUGUCAGGCCUUCAAAGCAGCUGUUUGGGGACAAUUUUUUUCCCGAGCAGGGGGGUAAAAUACUGCAAAGUUUCUGUAAGGUACAAUAUUUUAACCUAGUUCAAUGAAAGCUGUUGUCUUUAGGCAUGGUACUGAAUUGACUCCAAAUUUUCCUCUGGCGUAUUUGUAGGGUUUUUAUAGCCCACCCUUAUUCCACUUCUGUACAUUAUUUUAAGUCAUCUCCCACCUGAUGCUGAAUCGCUGAAUCUGAAAUGCCACAUUAGAGAGUGUCUUCUCACAUCUGCCUACUAAGAGGAAAGUUUUGUCUCUUUUGUUAUUACUGUUUCCAUCGCCUUCCUAGCAGUGUCUGAGAUGUGAAUUUCAUGUGAAAUUUUGUGGGGGAUUAAUAUUGACAGCAUCAUUAGGUAAGAUUAGUUGACAAGUUCAGUGUCUCUUACCAUGUUGUGUCUGUGUCAGCCCUGAAGAGGUUCCCAAAGUUUUCCACGGUGUUUGUGGUUUCCUGUCCCGGUCCAAGGCUUCGCACUUCUCCUCCUUGUGCCUUCACCUCCGUUCUGCCCCCUUCCUCCCUAGCUGCUGCCCAGCCUGUCUCCCUGUGAAAGUGUCCCGUGAACAAGCUUGCGUCCCUCUCUCUGUCACCCUCCUUAUUAUAGCAUUGUGAUCCAGCUUACCCUGAACUGUCCCUUUACAAAUGUGUUCAGUCUAAAUAUAUAAAUGGAUUGUCAUAUUUUUCCAGAGGAGAAUAAACAGCUAUCGCGUAUUCACCGAUUUCCAUGAACUUUAUCCUUUAGCUCAAGCUCUCCAAAACAUUUCUAAAAUCUGUGUCUGAGUUGCUUUAUUGAGACCGAACUUCGCUUGGCAUUUAUUAGCAAUGGAAGAGCAGUGUGCUGGACCAGCACUGGAACUAACUGUUCUGCGUGAGAAAUCGGAGAUCGCUUCUGGUACCCUGCAGCUGCUUCUGGCUGUGAGUCUUCACCAGCCUUGUCCACCCUCACCCCCCCACCCCAACUAACCUUUCUUCCAGGGAAAUGUCACCAAUACAUACAUAAAACAAAAUGCUGACGGGUAGAUGUCAUACCAAGUGGAUGCAUCCAAACAACUGCGUGGGCAUAGCUGGAGAAACUAUAGUGGUCAGCAGAGCAUCGUGCUUUCGUGUUCUGUGAGAAAAAUUGCUUGAAAGACAAACUGAAAUAUAUCAGUGACACUGUCCUGUGGGCACAAAACUCCAGCAGACGUUCACAUCCAAGCAAUAAUGUGCCAAAAACUAAUGCAUAAAAAUGAGUCAGUAAUCACCAGCACAUCUCAUGUAAACUAUUUUAUGCUUUCAUUUUGUCCUAGUAGGGCAGAGUAUAGGCAACCUGGUAAUUUAACACCAGGUUAUGUUUUCUCCUGCAUACAAUGUCUAGAUGACCAAGUGAAUCCUUGUAGGAAUGAUGCAUGUUUCACCAGCAGCAAAACAGAACUGUAUCUUGAGUGAUGACUGGCAAAUAAUACUUGUAUAAGUGGUCUUGUACCAGUGAGAAAGACUGUCGUUGGUGUCACAUCAGUGUCAAAAAAGUGUGCUUGGAGUGGUGGUAAGGCAGAGGGUAGGGGAAAACGAUCUGUGGGCCCUCACCCCGCUCUUUCUCUGCCCUGUGAUCAGAAUCACACUGUAUUGGUCGAGUGGUUAACAACCAUGGAAAUUUAUUUGGGGUGAUAAAAAGAGGCCUCAAAGCAGAAAGAAGUGCUUUGUCAUUCCCACAAAUUAAUCUCUAUUAAAAAAAAAAUGGGUUACCACCUGGCCAGGUGAAGUAACUCUUAAUUUCAGUCUGUUGCAGGAUGAGAUAAUUGUGGAGACGAGCUAAAGGUCAGGAAACUGUUCUCUGUUGGCGCAUCUCCUGGGAAGGUUGAUGUGGCCAGAAUCAUUGUAGGAGUCCUUAAUAAAAGCAGUGAAUGAAAGUGAAAGGGUUGCUUCUAAUUUCACUUCAAGAGCUUUUUACUAGGAAAGACAAGAGUGAAUCUGUUUCAAUGUUUCCAAUCAAACCUGAGUUCAAGCAGAACCUCGAUGCAGGCAGUUUGCAGGAUAGCCCUGAUUUUGUGUGAGGCUGUGAAGUCCAGAACUGUCUGGGUGUGCUUAGUUGGUGUCUGCCAGCUUUGCCAUGUCUUGGGCAGCAGUAAUGAAUUCCUGCCUCACUUCUGUUGACUUGUUUUGGAAAAGGCAUAGGGAAAGAGCUGAAGGGGCAAGAAGGAAGGGCAUAUCUGUCUCACCAUUUCAGAGCAAGAAAGUGUCCCUUUGAGCGUACAAGAAGGAACUGCUGAGAAGAAUGAGGAGGGACCAAAAGAAAAGCAAAACCGAGGUGGUGAAGGUACUUCACUAGGAAUUCCCAUUCUUAUGUCCCCAAAGCCGGUGUUUUGCUUAAUUUUUGCAGUGCUCCCCGUUUGUUCAUUCUGAGCUCACACAGUUUUCAUUUUCAUUGUGUUUCACAGCCUUUAGGAAUAAGAACAUUUCCAAAGAUUGUGUGUUUUGUUAAUGUGCAGAUAUAUACAAAUACGAUUCAGCAAAACUGACCUAAUAAACUAACUGAUAAUACGAGUAAGUGAACAAUACCUGUUUAUUACCACUACUAUCAUGUAAGGGCUUGUAAAAUGAACAUUUUGGAGAAGUAUAUUCAAGGGAUUCUGAAAAAGUGAAUAUAUGCUCUAAAGAUAACACAAGCAUUUAUCUUGAAUUCCAUUACUGUUUCUGAGUUUUCAAGUUAGUAGAAAUUCAACAGAAAAUAAGAGUAUAUUUCAAAGCCUGUUGAAAUUGAUGGAAAAUUCCUUUUGGCUUCCACUGGUUUUCAGUUUGGAAAUAUAAUGGAAACUACUAUAUCUGUAUUUUAUUACUUAGCUUAGGAAAUGCAAGGUUUCUAUAACAGUACAAAUAUUACUAGCUUAUUAGGCUGAUUCUCCAUUGAUUUAAUCCUGCCCUACCCCUUCAUACCUUUUGAAAAUGAAUGCCAAAAGUUACUAAGGCAAAGUACGCUUUUCACACCCGUCUUACGGAAAUGAUUGCUCUGAGAGACAGCUGUUAAUCAAGCUCCUUGAUCUAUAGUGACACUGCUGUUUCAGUGUUUCAGUUCUGUUAUUUAGAAAGCUAAGGGCUAAGGUCUGAAAGAAUCUCCCAUUUUCUUUCCCUUUUUUUUGUAGCAUCACGGUUUCUGCUUAUUGAUUUUUUUUGGUGACUGGGAUGCCUGUAUCAGUCAUCAAUAUUUUCUAAGUCCACCCCAAGCCAGGUAUGUAAAUAGAUCCCUAUUCAAAUGCUGCCAACUGCGAAAGCUCUCCGGAGUCACUGGAUGCUGCAGUGGUCCAUGGGUUCUGAAGAUCAGACCUUGUACAUUGAAGUGACUGAAAUGUUCUUUUAGGUGCCCAAAUUUAAUUACCACCUGAGCCAAUGUAGCUAUUUAAAAGAAAGAGUGAAGUAUUACAGCUCAGUUAAUCCAAACUGAAAUGAACAUCAUCCAUUUUUUGAAACUCUGAGAUGUAUUAUUUUGCCUGCUUUUGUGCUUUUCUGAGCAGCUCUUCCCGAGUAUUUGUAAAGUGGAUUUGGAAUCAAAUCCUAGCAAGGAAGAUUUUGCAAUGGGAAAUGUAUCUUUCAGCAUUCAGGCUGCUUUAAAGAAGAAACUUGUUAUUGAGCCCAGCCACACGGAGAGAAAAAUAUUCUUGCCUUUAGCAAAAAGUUUGCUAUAGGUAAGUUUGUGCAUGUGUGUAUAUGUGUUUAAAGGGAGUGCACAGGUGUGCAAGGACUCAUGCAUUACUCAUACUCUAACAAGAUUUUUCCCUUUGCUGUUACUGAUUGAGUGCUGGAGGUUUAGCAUCUCCCACAAUUUUGGGGCAACAACAGGAGGUUUAGAUUGCUCUGCAAUACAGAAACAAGAAUUUGCUCCUUGUCUGGUCUCUAAAACAUUCCCACAACCCUAGCUAAAAAAAAAAUAGCUGACCAACCUCUGUGUCUGGGCUGUCAACAGAAAGUGCAGUGGUUGGGUCUACGGAAGUGCACACUGGCUCCAAAGCUCUGUGGAAAUCCACAGUUGUACAUACAAACUGGUUUCUGCACAAAGGCUGUGAGUUAUAGCAGGUAUCGGAGCUCAUGAGGAACAGAAAUCACGUGGACUGAGUCUGUUUUGAAAUGCUAGACCUUGAGUUUUUGUCUGCUUAGAGUGACCAUCCAUUGAGUAGAAAUACAUGACAAAACUCUGCCUUCAAAGUCUUCAGCAAUCUUUUGCGUAAGAAUUUUAAGCAGUGUCUGUUAGAUGUAUCUUAGCGGCUCGGCUACAGUGGUUGACGCUUGUGUUAAAGGGUUCUCCUGAUAAACACUUCCUUUAACUCAGUUCAGAGUGAAUAGUUCUAGGUAAGUCACAGCCAAGUUUAAGCACUGCCAUGCGGAAUUCAGUACCUGGCAGAGAAAGAUCUGACGUUCAAGUGCUAAGGUCUCAGCAGCACACUGAAAAGUGGUGUGAGUUUGUACUCAGAGUUAAAGGGAGAGGUGGUAGGUGAACUUUGAAUUCCUGGUUUUUGCAAAUGUCAUAAAAAUGAUGGCCACAAAUCAGUCAGCAGCAGCAGAAAACCAAUUUGGGGCUUCUGAAGACAAGUAAUAUUAUUGUGGCUUUAUUAUUUUUAUAGUUACACUGACUGAAUGUGAUGUAAUGUACAAAGUAAAGCUCGUUUUAGGCUUCCAGUGUACUGUAGCAUUCGUUUGAGACAUAUCACUAGAAUUUUGCAUGUGAAGAAGUCUUGACGAUGGUACUAAAGCGAUGUUAUUGACAUGGUCAAGUCCCUUAGGAAUUUAAUGUUUUGCUGUUUUACAUCUUCUGGUCUCCACAAUGACUACAAUAAAAUGAACACUGUCUUAA